CUUCAAGACUCCAGCUUGAUCAGCACUAUCAUUGCCUUUGUCACGAUGUUGUGCAUAAAUCGUGUAAAGUAUUUCAAUAAUAUUCGAUUCUUUGGGAAUUCUUCAUUGACACGAAUGAUAAAGGAGGAUGUUAAGGAUAAAAAAAUCUUGGAUUUUCAACACAUUCCUAAAGCGAAAGGAUUACCUCUGUUGGGAACAACAUUGGAUAUUAUGAAGGCCGGAUCUGCGCCCAAAUUUCAUGAAUACAUCCACAAGAGGCAUGAGGAAUUAGGUUCGAUUUUUCGAGAAAAUAUAGGACCUCUCGAGUGUCUCUUUGUCAGUGAUCCUGAUGCAAUAAGAGAAGUAUUUUUAAAUGAAGGAAAAUACCCAAGGCACCCCCUUCCUGACGCUUGGAAGCUCUACGAAAGGAAACACAGGAACAAAAGAGGCCUUCUUUUUAUGGAUGGAGAAGAAUGGCUGUAUCAUCGAAAACAAAUGAAUAAGCUCCUUCUCAACAGAGAUUUUACACCCUUCCAUGCACCUAUAAAAAAUUCCGUAGAACGAUUAAUGGAUAAAUGGGCUACAAAUGAAGCAUCCAAACCAAUUGAGAAUCUUGAAAAUGAUCUCUAUAGAUGGUCCCUUGAAACUAUAAUCAACCUCAUGGUUGGUUCAUCGUAUAAUGAGAUAUCUGUGCAAAUCGAUAAAUCACUUGAGAGACUCUCAAAAGUUCUUCACAGAGUUUUUGAGUCAUCCUCCAAAUUGUUUCUUGUACCACCGCAACUUUGUGAAUUCUUUGGAACUUCCACAUGGCGAGAUUUCGAGGAAUCUGUUACGGAAACUCUGUCAAUUAGUGGGGAAAUAAUUACAAAAUGUUUGAAUGAGAAAAGGCGUCAAGAUGGGAUUUUGCGAGAGAUGGAAAAUCUUGAAAUACCCAGAGAGUAUAUUGAGAGGAUUUUGGUGGAUUUAAUUAUUGCAGCUGGUGAUACCACGUCCUUUUCGACACUGUGGUGCCUGCAUAUACUUUCCGGGGAUACGAACGUUCAGGAAAAUCUUCGUGAGGAAAUACGUGGAAAUGAUACCGUUGAAGCAGAUCAAAUUCCUCCCCUAAAAGCCUUCAUUCGGGAAACACUUCGCCUGUAUCCUGUGGCUCCUUUCGUGGGACGCAUAAUAGGAGGGGAUAAAACAAUUUUGGGAAAUUAUCACAUCAGUCAGGAAGUAAUGGCAAUUAUUUCACUCUUUACAUCCGGAAGGGAUCCAAAGAAUUUUCAUGAUCCUGAAAAAUUUAAUCUUCACCGGUGGUGCCGAUCGGAAGAAUCUCCCGUGCAUCGACCACAGGCAUCCUUACCUUUUGCUCUUGGAUCGAGAUCGUGCAUUGGUCAGAAGAUUGCUGUUAAACAAAUGUGUGAACUCAUUCGACAAGUCCUGCAGAGAUACCAUCUUCAGGAUUUGAGUGGUCCCGCUAAACCAAUUCUGCACAUGAUAACUGUCCCAGACAGGAAAAUUCAAAUAACUCUGAAAACACUACAAUAAACUUCUAAUCCUUUGAAUUGUAGAAAAAAAUAUCCGAAAUAAAUUGAUUUAUUUCUUUCAAUUUAA